GAGAAACCAUAUAAAUGUAAGGAGUGUGGAAAGACCUUUACUCAAUCCUCAGGCCUCAGUACACAUAGGAGAAUUCACACUGGAGAGAAACCACAUAUAUGUAAGGAAUGUGGGAAGGCCUUUGUUGAACCCUCAAAACUUCUUGUACAUAGGAGAAUUCACACUGAAGAGAAACCACAUGUAUGUAAGGAAUGUGGAAAGGCCUUUGCUGUAGCCUCAAGGCUUAGUGUACAUAGGAAAAUUCACACUGGAGUGAAAUCAUACAUAUGUAAUGAGUGUGGAAAGGCCUUUGCUAGAGCCUCAAAACUUACGAUACAUAGUAGAAUUCAUACUGGAGAGAAACCGUAUAUAUGUCAGGAAUGUGGGAAGGCCUUUGCUACAUCUUCAAGACUUAGUAAACAUAGGAAUAUUCACACUGGAGACAGACCAUAUGUAUGUAAGGAAUGUGGCAAGGCCUUUGCUGUAGCCUCAAAUCUUAGUGAACAUAGGAAAAUUCACACUGGGGAGAAACCAUAUAUAUGUCAGGAAUGUGGGAAGGCCUUUGCUAGAGCCUCAAAUCUUACUGUACAUAGGAGAAUUCACACUGGAGAGAAACCGUAUUUAUGUAAGGAAUGUGGGAAGGCCUUUGCUGUAGCCUCAACACUUCGUGUACAUAGGAGAAUUCACACUGGAGAGAAACCAUAUAUAUGUAAGGAAUGUGGGAAGGCCUUUGCUGGAGCCUCAACACUUAGUGCACAUAGGAAAAUUCAUCUCAGAGAG